AUGAGAGACAUCAGUAUGUAUCCCACCUUCACAAUGUCGCCGACUGGAAUUCUCAGCCGACGAGCUGGGAUAUGGGCUCUGAUUGUGCUCGCCAUUGGCAUUUUGUACAAAGCCUACGUGCACAACAUCAUUUUUCUCACAAUCGGAAUCGGCCGAGAGAUCCAAUCAAUCGACGAAUUCCCAUGGACCUGCACUCGCCUCCAGCAUCCUCUCUUAGAAGGAUGUGAGGAUAUGUGGCUAGACGAUCAAGGGAGAAAGCUGUACUUAGUAUGCAACUCUAUAGAAUCCAGACAGGGAUGGUGUCCAGGUGGCAGCAAAUACAACAUCUCCGCGAGAUCCCGCACGGAUCAUAUCGCAGUGUUGAAUAUUGACCAACCCGGCCUGGACGGGCUGUAUGGCCUACACCAGCUCAAAGUCAGUGGUUACAUCGGCGAUCUGGAUCUACUUGCACUCGACGCGCGCCGUAUUGACGGCAGACUUCGAUUAUGGUUGACCAAUCAUAGACCCCCAGUCGAUCCUACAACGGGGGAGUUCCUUGAUGCCCGGGCCGUUGGAGCGAACUCCACGAUUGAGAUAUUUGAUUUGGACGAGGCCUCAGAGACACUUGAAUAUGUCAAAACUAUAGCUAGCGACGCGAUCAUCUCGCCUAACAACUUGGCCGUCGACAAUGAUGGUCUGGGGUUCGUGAUUACCAAUGACCACGACGCGAAGGUUGGCACUUUCCUGGAGUUGGAGCUGCUGAUUGGCGGCGGAAGCCUCACCUAUUGUCGAUCUGACACGGGGAGGUGCCACAUCGCUGCCAGCAAGGGGUUUUCCUUUGCCAACGGGAUCGUCCAAGAGAACGGGCUUUACUAUGUGGCUCAUUCAGUGACUGGACUCGUGACUGUCCACAAAUUAGUCGGCGACCAGCUGAUUCAAUUUGACAAAAUCUACACGGGAUUACCACUCGAUAACCUGUCUCUCGAUGCAGAUGGGAACCUCCUGGCCGCCGCAAUUCCGGAUUCCAUUGCGUUUGUGAAGUCUAUAGAGAACCCAUACAACCUUGUUGCUCCUGCUACUGUCCUCGCGGUCAAUGGAAUAGCCAAUCAGCUGAGGACUCGUAGCGGGAAGGGUUGGGAGGUCUCGAAGCUCUUGGAGGACAGAGAUGCCAAAUGGCUUCCUAGUUCGACUGUUGUGGUGAAAGAUGUGAAAUCGCACCGCUUGUUCCUUGGGGGAGUCGUCUCUCCAUUCAUCACCAUAUGUGAGCAGCGUAUUUAG